GUUUCCGGAAAUGUGAACUGGACAUAUACAAGAAAACGGAGUGACAAUUGAAGCGUCGUGUAGCUAGGAUAAAUGAAAUAGCUAAAUAACCUUAGUCUAGCUAUUUGUGGCUGUAGUUUUCAUAAAUAUGGAAGACGAUGCCCCUGUUAUAUAUGGUCUCGAGUUUCAGGCUCGUGCACUAACUGCCCAGACAGCAGAGACGGAUGCUAUUCGCUUUCUUGUGGGAACACAGUCCCUUAAAUUUGAAAACCAGAUACACAUCAUCGACUUUGACGAUGAGAAUAACAUCAUUAAUAAGAACGUCCUCCUGCACCAGGCCGGGGAGAUAUGGCACAUCGGCACCAGCCCCGCCGACAAAAGCGUGUUGACGACGUGCUACAACAAAACCUCCGACUGUAAGGUGACGGGCUGCGCGGCCGUGUGGAGGAUGCCCGCUGAAUGGGAAUCAGGCAGUCAUGAAUCCCCAGACGAUUCAUCAAACAGCCCACAGACUCUGGAGCUCCUCUGUCACCUUGACAACACAGCCCACGGCAACACGGCCUGCGUUUUGUGGGAGCCCAUGGGCGACGGCAAGAGGCUGAUCUCGCUGGCCGAUAACCACGUUCUGCUGUGGGACCUUCAGGAGAGCUCCACCAAGUCGGCGAUCGCCAGCUCGGCCACUCUGGAGGGGAAGGGGCAGCUGAAGUUCACGUCAGGAAAGUGGAGCCCCCACCAUAACUGCACACAGCUGGUCACGGCUAACGACACGGCCAUCCGGGGCUGGGACCUCCGCAGCAUGAGUCAGAUCUACUGCAUCGAGAACGCUCACGGGCAGCUGGUGCGGGACCUGGACUUCAAUCCCAACAAGCAGUACUACCUGGCCAGCUGUGGGGACGACUGCAAAGUCAAGUUCUGGGACGUGAGGAAUAUCGGCGAACCGGUGAAGACCCUGGAAGAGCACUCCCAUUGGGUGUGGAGCGUCCGCUACAACCACUCUCACGACCAGCUGGUGCUGACGGGCAGCAGCGACAGCCGGGUCAUCCUCUCCAACAUGGUGUCCAUCUCCUCCGAGCCCUUCGGCCACCUGGUGGACGAGGACGACCUCAGCGACGCCGAGGACAACGGCCAGGAAGAGAAGUGCAAGGAGCCCCUCCAGGACAGCAUCAUCGCCACCUACGAGGAGCACGAGGACAGCGUGUACGCGGUGGAGUGGUCCUCGGCCGACCCCUGGCUCUUCGCCUCGCUCAGCUACGACGGGCGGCUGGUCAUCAACAGGGUGCCCCGCGCUCUCAAAUACCGCAUCCUGCUGUAGGAGCCGGAACAGGACCCCCACCCCCAACACCAACACCACACCCCCCAACCCCCAACCCCCAACCCCAACCCCCUGCCCGUGUGCGCUGCUGUUUUGUCUGAUCUACGGGGAUCUGAGGGAGGGAGGGAAAGGCGGAAAAAAAAGGAAAAAAAUCUGAGCCUGCACCCCACUGGUGUGUCUGAUCUGCGGGGAUCUGAGGGAGGAGGGGAGGGAGGGAUGACGGGAGGGAGUGAGAGAAAGAGGAGGAAGAAGGAAAAAAAUCUUCCAGUGCCCUGCUGGGCUUUCCGAAGUGAUGGAUGGGUGGUAUGUGGAUGGAGUGAACAGAGUGAGAGGGAAAGAAAGGAGGAAGAGAAAAGAAAAAAAUAGCCUUCAGUCUGUUGGAGGGAAGGAUAGCUGGAUGGACGGAUGGAAGGAGGGAGGAGUGAUAAUUCUUGCCUACGCCGGUCUGGUUUUUCUACACUAAUGAGAGGAGGGCAGAUGGAGAGAGAGGAGUCAGAGGAGGAGGGGAGCGUUUCCGCCAGUAACGCUCCACGCGGUUGCUUUUGGUUUCUCGUCCUGCUGCGGGUUCACGUUUUGAGGACGAGGGUCGGCGAGGGCGCUAGCCGUUCCGUGAACGACCCUCGGGCCCGUGGCCCCGCCCCAUCCCCCCCCGUCCCCCGCUAGCCUCGCCCUCGGGUCUGACGUCUGGCCCCGGCCCCCUAGCGCGGUGCUCAGCCGCGAGGAACCAGCUUUCCAGCCGGCCCCUCUGCGGCGUCUCCAGGAGCGGGCGGCCGAAUGGCGGACAUGCCUUUCCCUUAAUUAGCCGAAUCACACGUCCAGUACAGUAAGCCAAAGAGGGGGAGGAAGUCUCGACGGCAUGUUUGUGUCACAGCGGGGUGCCGGGGAGGCGGGGGUUAGUGGGGGGGGGGGAUUCGUUACAAAAAUCGCUUCAUGUGUCACGUCCUUUAAAAACAAAAACAAUGAGAUGCCCAGGGUUAUUGUUUUCCUGAUUAAAGAAUAAAAUGAAAUGAAAAAGCAA